AUGAAGUUCCUGGCUAUCUGCAUUUUCCUGAUCCUGGCCCUGGUGGCCGUCCAAGCCAAUCCCAAUCCAGGUGGUGCCUCGGCCAACGCCAACGCCAACGCCGCGGCCACAAGCUACGGAGGUGGUCCUGCCUCCGCCUCUGCCACGGCAAACGCUGAGGCCAACGCCUCUGGAGGCGAUGAAGGAUACGGAGGACACGGGAGACACGGAGGACGCAGAGAUCGAGGAUAGAUCCCAGUGAGGAUCGGAUCCGAGCCCUCCAAACUGCCUGAAGAGUGGGCACGUCCCGGACAUGCCUUCCGAGGUGCAGCGCUACCGAAACUAGUUAAAUAUUAAAAUGCUAAAUAGGUUUCUCGCAAA